AUGAAAUCAGAUGACAGUAGAAACUAUCGUUUCAGUCGUAGAAGAAACUUUUCUUUAAGUCCGAGGAUUCUGCGACGUAGAAGCCAGGAUAGACCUUGGAUUGUAAGAUAAAUGGCUUCUUGGUUAUAAUCGUUGUACUUUACAAAAAAGGAUUAAUUAAAAUUAAUUUUAGGUUAAAUAGGCUUUGGUACAGAAAAAAAAUUAGACUUAAACUUAAAAAUUUAAAAUUUAGGUAAUAAAUAUAUACAAAAGCCUUAAGUUUAGUAUCAAUUUUAAUAUAAAACUUUUUUUCAGCGCCAAAUCGAAGUAUUACACGAGUUUUCGGACUUUGCACCAAGCACCAGUUCAGAAGUCUCUACUCCAGUAGCAUCGAACUCUCCGACGAGAGGAAUGGCAGCUAUGGAAUUGGCAAGUUCUCAACAAUAUCACAGUCAUUGUGGACUACCAAGCACGUCGAAGGCGGCGUAUGUUUUGGACGAGCUGGUAGGUUUUUGAUUUUUUUGUGGAUUUUGCUAUAUUUUUAACAAUUAUUAAAUUUGUUUUGUAAUUUUUAAAUAUAACCGUAUUUUUUUGUUUUGUAAAGAAAGUUCUUGCAAUUUUUUGUUUUGUAAAGAAAUUUCUCACCAUUAAAAUUUGUAAAGAAAGUUCUUGCUAUUUUCUCCUUUGUAAAGAAAAUUUUUGCUAUUUUUUGGGUUGUAAAGAAAGUUUUUGCCACUUAUGUUAAUUUUUUUUGAUUUUUUAAACCACGUGACUAUCGUUUCAUUCUUUAUCAAAAAAGCCGAUUUCUCAUCACAAUUUACUUGAUAAUCUUAUGCUUUUUGCAAAAAAACGACAAUGUCUCAGCUGUUUUUUAUUAUUGGCGCCAGGAGGUAAAAAGCCAAAUGGCGCCAGUUAUCAGCAAAGACUUUCCGAAGUUUAAUGUCAGGAGAUUCUGGAAAUGGUCGUAAAACUUUCAACUACCUAAAAAAGUUAAUGUAUUAGAUAAAUUUUUUGAAAAAUGGUGUAAUAAAGGUGAUAAAGAGGGGGGGGAAGGGUAGAUGAUUUGGAGGGGGGGGUUUAGGAUAGGUCAUUGAAAGACUAUAAAACUAAAUUUUACAAUUUUAACAACGGAAGUUUGGCUAUAAAAAUGAUUUUUAUUGUUUCUAAAUUUGGAAUACUGAUAAGAAAUGACGCAGUAUACGGUUUAUUGUCUCGAACGGCUUCUUUGAUUGUUUAGACUUUUUUAUACCUAAAAAGUUUUAAAAAAUAUUUUUUUAUUUUUAAAACUGACAAUUGUAGACCUAUUGUUGUACGUAUAUUUAAUUUUAUUCUAAUCUUAAUCAUCGUAUUUUAGUUAACCACCGAAAAAACGUACGUACGAGAGCUGGAAAGCAUUGUCGAGUACUAUGUGAAUCCAUUUGAGAAUCCAGAAAAUGAAAAACACAUUCCAGAAGGAUUACGUGGACAAUCCAGUGUUAUCUUUGGCAAUUUUAGAGACUUGGUAAGUAUUUUUUUUAUUGUUCAACUUUUUUGAAGUUUUCAAUAAUGAAACCUAUUUUAUCAGCUUAACUAUGAUAAAACAGAACUUUUUAUCGUUAGUUGUUCUUCAAUGUUAAUAUUAUUAUCCAAUUUUAGUACGAAUUUCACAAUCGACACGUCCUCCCGGACUUUCAAAAAGCCCAGUACUCGCCAGUACUACUAUGCCAUAUUAUGAUCAACUUCCGCAACCACUUCCUCAAACUCUAUCGUCCGUACUGCCAAAAUAAGCCCCAGUCCGAGUCGGUGCGACGAGAUCAACAAGCUGAUGGUUGUCGAUUCUUUGCCGAAUGCCAGAAAAAGGCCGGUCAUCAGCUACCGUUAAGCGCAUACCUUCUGAAGCCAAUUCAACGAAUUACGAAGUACCAAUUGUUGUUGAAGGAACUGUUAAGACAUUGUCAAGAUGAGGGGAAUGAGGAGAUUAAACACGAUGUACAAGCUGCUUUGGCAUCAAUGUUGGACUUGCUGGCACAGAUCAAUGCGGAUAUGCAACAACUGCACAUUCUGGGAUAUGCUGUAAGUCUUGAGUUAGGUAGUUUAGGGUUGAGUAGAGCAAAGUAGGGUAGGUUAGAGGAGGAUAAUGUAGGGUGGGUUGGUAGAUUUGGGGUUACAAUAGUUUAUUUUAAAAUUACGUGUAAUUUUUCUUAAUAUUCUUUUAUUUUUUUUCUUAAUAUUCUUUUAUAAAAUCAUUUAUUUUAGGGAGACCUCCGCCUUCUUGGCCCGUUACGCCUUCAAACCGAAUGUGAAGUCUACACCUUUAAACGAAAGACUCGUCGUCUGUCGAACAAGUGCCAAAAACGACAUCUUUUCCUAUUCGACGGUGGCAUUCUCUUCUGUAAAAAGCGUACUCAGCCAGUACCGUACUCUCCCGAAUUCUACGAACACAAACUCUGCAUCUACGCGCAGAACCUCGGCUUUGCUGAAUGUUCGAAACAAUCGGCCGAUCGAUUCGAAAUCUGGGACGAACAAAAAUCGGAUGGAUUUGCGAUUUUCGCGACCGAUGAGGUGGUACGAGCCAAGUGGAUUCAACGUCUGGCCAAGAUGACAGUUCUACACGCACAACAACAAAAAGAAGGUCUUCAGCAGAACAGCAAUUCACGACCUCACUCGUGGACUUCCGAAUCUACCGUAUCGUCCAGAAGCUCGAACUUUGAUGAAAAUCAAACGGAUUCAUUGAAUGAUAACAAUGGAAAUCCAUCGUCGCCAUCGUCUGAUCAUCACAGUGCUACGAGUGGAUCGGUGAGCAGUAGACGAAGCUCAAGUCACACGGCUUCACUGGGCUCGGACGCUGAGAAUAACACACCGUUGCCGGUUUCGAAGAGUCUCCAGAAUACGGCGUUGCUUGGUCACGCUGUUUCCGAAGUUUAA